AUGCAACCACCACCAGAACCUCCAAGCCCACCAGUUGCUCCAAUCCAAGUUGAAAUAAUUGAAGAGCGCCCCCCAGAGCUUCCAACAUACCGUAAAAGUGGCUUACCGGACCGAAAGCGCCGCGUUCCAGCCAAACUAAAUAAUGCUGCGCCAACUCCACUGCCCCGUCUUCGCCGAAAGGCUUCAUCUCAGUUGCUACCUCAACCUGCGCCUAAUACCGUGCAGUCGAUUGCCGAGCCUGAAUCUCCGCUCGAAUCGCAACCUUCAACAUGGAUUCGAACAGAGCCUAAUCAUUUUGGGCUGUACAAAGUUUAUCCUCAGCGUCCCACCCACGAUCCUGACGAACAUGCAACGCUAAACGACUUAUAUUGCGCGCCAAAGGACCAAAUCAACUGGGAUAAUUUACCCCUUCCGAAAGAGCCUUGGUAUUAUCCAUUUCCGAAUGCAUCAGUUGCGCACCUCAUGAAAUAUCACAUCGAAGAGGAAAAUCCUGGGUCUAUCGGCGGUUUUGACCGAUUUAUCCAGAAUAUUCUCCAACCCAACGACGAAGCCGAGUCAGAUGGCGUGGACCUUCGUGACCUCCCUCAACCAUUCUCGACCAAGAAGUUUCUUGAACAACUCGACAAGAAUGGAAUAGAACCUCUUGGGGUCACUGACAAGUGGAUUUCUGGGAGCGUCCAGCUCAAAAUGCCCUGCGUUGGACACUCUCAAAAAGAGUGUGAUGCUCCUACUUUCACGGUCACCGACAUACACUACCGACCUCUUCUUGACCCUAUUAGAGAGGUUCUCCAAGGGCCUUUAUUCGAAAAGCUCCAUACUACGCCGUUCUCCCUUCGUUUCGACCCCACCUUCGACUCGACAUCAGCUGACAUCGUACUCGACGACGCCAAUCCUCCCCUUAAUGAAUAUGGACUACCUGGCCUUCCUCCGGGUCACGAAGAGGUCUUUGGAGAAUUAUACACAUCGGCGGCAUUUCUUGAGGCAUACAAAGCAAUCCCGCAACCCCCUCCUCCGCAAUCUCCAGAGGACCCUGUUGAGAGUAUUAUUAUGGGUAUAAUGGAAUGGUCUGAUGCGACCCACCUUGCUCAAUUCGGGACUGCAUCGCUGUGGCCCGGUUAUACCUUCUUUGACAACCAUCCGAAGGGAUUUCGAGCUAAACCAUCCUCAAAUGCUGGCUUUCAUCAAGCGUAUUUUGCUACCGUAUGUUAUUUGCCUAUUCUUGCGAUGAUGCUCACGGUCUUGCAGCUCCCAGACUCUAUACGGGACACAUAUCGUGCUCAUUAUGGGUGCGACAUGUCGGAUGAAGUAUACAAGCAUCUCAAACGCGAGUUAAUGCAUCGAAUAUGGGAUCUUCUUCUCUCAGAAGACUUCAUUGAUGCAUAUGACAACGGUAUCAAAAUUCGAUGUUGGGACGGCAUUGUUCGUCUUGUUUUCCCUCGUUUCUUUAUCUAUGGGGCAGAUUAUCCUGAGAAGAUUUUGCUUGCUACUAUUGGCAGCCUGGGCGGCCAUCCUUGCCCUCGUUGCUUCAUUCAAAAACGACAAAUCGCUGAAACUGGCACGGUGAACGACAUGAAGCGACGGCAAGUCAUUCGAGUCGACGAUCAUCCUCGACGAGAAACUAUUGAGGAUGCGUGUCGAGCUGCCUUUGAAAAUGGUUUUGUUAUUGGCGGUCCAAAUUCCUCGGUUGAUAAAAUGUUGAAAGGGAGUUCCUGGGUUCCAGUUCGCAAUGCGUUCACCAAGCUCAACACGGAAAAGACUCCCUUCAACUUUUAUACGAUGUUUGUCCCGGACCUGCUCCAUGAAGUUGAACUUGGAGUUGCAAAAGCAAUUAUUACCCAUCUCAUUCGCAUGCUCCAGACUUUCAAACAGGUCGACGAGUUUGAUCAACGAUUUCAGCAAGUUGAAACCUUUGGGCGCUCUGUUAUCCGCACAUUUAGUCACAAUGUUUCGGAUAUGAAGUACGCAGCAGCUCGCAAUUUUGAGGAUGUACUGCAGUGCAUUCUUCCUGUUGUUGACGGUUUAUUUCCCCUUCACCAGCAGCUCGUUGAUCAACUCUGUUUUGAACUGGCUCUCUGGCACGGCAACCACCAAUCUUCUCACAACUAUACGACGGUUCGCACGAGAGACAGCCGAUAUCAAGACCUGCCUCGUGAAGAACGUCGAAGGGCCAACCAAGCAUCCAAGGCGGCGACGGCGAAAGCAGCGGCGGCGAAAGCAGCAACAGCGGUUACUGAUAUUCAACCAACAACACUUCCUCAAAACCCGGUUCCUCCCGUUCCCCCUUCUCUACGCUCGAGUGCCACAUCAAAGCCCAAACCCAAACCUAAACCCAAGCCUAAGUCGAAGGCGAAGGCAAAGACGAAGGCAAAGUUAAAAUCAACUGGUCCUGCUAUACCGUUGGCGAAUGCAAGUGACAACGAGACACUGAUACCUGGGCUGCCAACACCCAUUGCGGACCACUCAUCUGAUUCAGCAAUGCUGUCGGCAAACCCAGAUGGUGACCUACCGCCAGCGGCUGGCCCAUCGACACGAAUCACCGACCACUUGUCUACGCCAGCUGACGCGCCAAGUUCGUUGGCUACACCGGGUUCAUCGACUACAAUCACAAGCACAACUCCCCCUGCUCUGCCCAAACAAAAGGGAGAACAGGUUGAGAAGCCGUUCAAUUUAAUCACGUUCAAAUUGCACUCGCUCCCCGACUAUCCGGAUGCCAUCCUGCGUUACGGAACCACUGACUCAUUUUCAACUCAGAUUGGCGAGCUUGCUCACAGGCUCGUCAAAUAUCUGUACCGUCGCACGAACAAGCGAGAUCAUAGGCGGAGAGAAAAGCUGCUGAGAAAGCAACUGCAACGGGAGCUAUCCCCCCCGCCGACCAAACAACCAAGUGCUGCUGAAGUAAGCAAAGCACGUCGCAAUCGACAACAACUGGUGUCCACUCUCCGUCCCAAACCUUCGUCGUCAUCAUAUGGUGCCUAUGUUCCUCCGGAACAGCAUCAUUAUAUCUCUGACUCGAAGAGAUCAUUUUGGCAUCUUUCGGACAUCAACAUGGAGGAUGAAGAGGAAGUUUUGGAUACUGGUACUGACGGGCCUCCCAUAGAACCCAUGGAGAUUGAUCAGUCGUACUCCGAUCCCGCACUCAAGGACUUUACUCCUAAACUCAAGGCUUACUUGCGACGUCAACUUCUCGGCCUUGACGAUGAUGUUCAGCUCACUAAGGAGGAUUUGCUCAAUGUGAUUGUCGAGAAGGAUUUACUUUACACUCAUGCAACCAUGAAGGUCAACUACACAACGAUUCAAUCGAUCCUCACCGUUACUGGUAUGGCGAAAUUUUUGGGCAUAUUCCAUGUCUAUGCGUUACUGGCAGACCACCCUAGUAAAGCAAAGCGCAUGGAAUUCCUUUGGGUUCGAUGGUUCCGACGCGAUAUGACCUACACCUGCGGACUCAAAGUAAAACGCUUCCCGCGCCUUGGCUACAUGCUGCAUGAGGAUCCCGAUGCUUUCGGUUUUCUCGAUCCUCAAGAUAUUGUGCGGGGCAGUCAUUUGAUACCUGCUUUUCGCCACGGACAAACAAUGGAGUAUCUUCCCAAGUCUGUGGCUCGACCCGAAUCUAGCAGAAACGAAGACUGGCGAUUCUAUUAUGUUAAUAUGGUGGUCGAUCGCGACAUGCUUAUGCGGUACCAUGAUAAUGUCAUUGGCCAUCGCAAGAUUACGCCUCUCCAACUGUCGGACGACAGUCUUUCCACAAUCGACAACAACCUUGCGGUCUCAUCUGAUCAGACACUGUUGAGCGAAGCAGUGGAUGACCCGUCCUCAAUAAAGGAUACUACUAUGCCCUUGAUGCAGGUUGACGGGGAUAACAGCGAUUCAGAGGAGGAGGAUGCUGAUUGGCGUGGAGACGCGAUAUUUGAACAGGACAACGAAGAGGCUGAUCAUGAAGAUGAACCGUUGUAUGGAGGUGAUGCGGCAGUUAUCAAUCACCUUGGUCUGGCCGAAUAG